GCUAACACAAGAUAAGGAAAUGCUGCUUUCAGAAAAUAGCUUCUGGUGCACCCAAAUUUCCCACCACUCCCUCGGAAAAAAAGGAAAGAAAUUUCCCACAACAUUUGCAAAAAAGCCAGAUUUUUCUGAUUUUCCAGAAAACAAGCAGAACCCCAAAAUUGCUGCCUCAGGAGCAGUAAUCUACAAAAAACAACAUAAUGGACAUUAUCUAAAUGAACCGAUUUGUAGAACUUGAUUACGUUGAGAGGGAUACAAAACUGAAUAGAAAAGUUUUCAUGUCAACUGAUGUUUGUGGUGUGUAUCAAUAAGCCUUCACACCACCACUAUUACAUGGAAGAAUCAAACCAUAAGAUGGUUUACUAAGUUAUCCUGAAACUAGAACCAUUUUUCCAAAUAAAAAUUCCAGUUACUAGAACCAAAAUUUAUCAGAAGAUUUGGUUUGAAGCUACAGAAGCUCUAUUGUUUCUCUGGUUGGUUGGGGUGUAUCGUCUCGGUUGUUUUGUUUAAGUGAAGACCAUUGAAACAUAAAGAAGUUGCAGUUCCUCAAGUUUGCCUCUCAUGAAGGAUCUAAUUGAAGUAUUCGAUAUGUUAGAUUUCGGACAACUAUAGGAAGGGCCAUACGUAUCCAAUAUUGUUAAAAGAUGAAUAGGGAUAGGCAAGGGGCUCCAAGGAAAAGGAGUGGCCCUCCACCAAGAAUUAAGGGUAGAGCACGAUUCAGGUUUGAAGAAUCAUUUUAUCAGAAUCCGUAUCCAGAAUGCAUAUGGCUAAAUUUUUUGGAUUUGGAAGACUUUGAAUCCUGCUUUAAUCGGAGCUUUUCGAGCUCAUUCAUGGCGUGCGCAUCACAUUACUCUUUCUUUGCUAUGGCGGCGGCGAGAUUCAGCUCACUCUCUUCUCCGCGCCAUCCGAUAUUUGGAUAUGAUGCAAUUGCCAUGUUUGUUAAAGAUUUAGCCGUGAAUGUACGAGACUCUUGUCAACAGAUGGUUCAAGGUUCUCCUUCAGGAAGCAAUGGCUUUGACGAGGGAGAAGCGCCUCAAGCUGUUUUUAAUGUGUUGGAUGGCAUUAUAAAAAGCACCUUGGAUCGCUUGAAGACCGUAAGGGAAACUUUGUCAGUACCUGAAAUUAUCUUGGCGAAGAUCUCCACAACCACUGAUUUUCAGGAACUUGAAGCUGCUAUUAGGCUUUUAAGUUUGGAAGGUAAGUUAGAUGUUGCCCUUUGGCUUCGAAGCAAGCUAAUCACAAAUUGUUAUGUUCCUGAUGUGAUUACACACAAUCACCUAGUCAAUGCAUUUUGUAAAGUUGGGUGUUUGGAGAAAGCUGAUUAUCUUGUUAGAGAGAUGUUAGCCCAAGGCCCCUCUCCUAAUUGUGCAACUUUCAACACAUUUAUCAAGGGUUAUUGUUUAAAGGGUGAUGUAGACAAAGCUUUGUCUUUGUUUUCCUCAAUGGCUAAUUAUGGAAUCAAGCCAAACAGGAUUACUUGUAAUAUACUUAUUCAUGCUUUAUGUAAAGAAGGUUUGGUGGAAGGAGCUAGGAAUUUCCUUACAGAGAUUUUAAAAGAUGAGUCUGAGAGGACACCGGUUGAUUUAAUUACGUCUACCAUACUAAUGGAUAGUUAUUUUAAGAAUGGAGAUAUUGCUGAAGCUCUUGAUCAAUUGACGAAAUUGUUGCAAGAGGGUAAACAAUUAGAUGUUGUUGCUUUUAAUGUUCUUAUACAUGGUUUUUGCUCAAAUCAGGAAAUUAAACUUGCGUUUAGUUGUUUUGGGGAAAUGAUUAAGAGAGGAAUUCAACCCGAUGUAGUUACUUGUAAUACCUUUAUAAGUUACUUCUGUAAAUUUGGAGCUUUUGAUGAGGCAUUGAACAUGCUUAGUGUAAUGCUAAAUAUGGGAGUGGCCCCUGAUUGCAUCACUUAUAAGAUAAUUGUUCAAGGCCUCUGCUUACGCGGAGAGGUUGAUAAGGCAGCCAAAAUACUCAGCUGUAUGUUAGAAAAUUCCACUAUCCCAGAGCCUGUUAUUUGGAAUUCCAUUAUCUAUGGUUAUGGAAAAUGUGGAGACACCAAGAAUGCACUGUCCAUCAGAGAGAAGAUGGUUGCUUUUGGCGUUCCCCUGAAUACAUACACCUAUAAUGCAAUGAUAUAUGCCUUGUUAAAAGAAGAGAACAUCAAUGGAGCUCUAUCUCUAAAAAGAGAGAUGGAUCAGAGUGGACAAGUUCCUGAUCUAGUGACAUACAACAUGUUGGUGGGUGCCACUUGUAAUCUUGGGUUAGUACAGUUUGCACUUCAAUUGCAUGAAGAAAUGCUUAGGAGGGGGUGUAUUCCAGAUGUUGUGACUUACACAGAACUGAUCAAAGGUUAUUGUUUAAAGGGUCAAGACAAGGAGGCAGAAGAAAUAUUUUUCAGGAUAUGGAAUUCUGGCCUUCAGGUUGAUCAUGUCUCAUGCCACAUAUUGGUUAAAAGACACUGCAGAGCUGAAGGGCUUAAGCAGUCACUUAGCCUCUUUGACAAUCUAUUGGAUGGGUAGGAAUGUGCAUAAGCAGGAGACUUAAUGUGCAUAAUGCCUUUGGAGAUUAUGUAAGAAACUGUUUUAAAGUGAGUAAAUGAUGCAUUGUCAUCUUGGACUAUUAUGACUUGAGACUUGAGAUGGCUUGGUCUAGAUGAUGAGCUCUCAGAUUGAAGAUAGGGGUCCAAGCCAAUUUGAGCAGAUGGGAGUGAGUGAUGAUUGACGAUCCCUCCAAUGACAUCGUACUGCUUUGUAAGUCAAGUAAACGAUAUUAAAUCCCAGUUUUGUCAAACAUUUGUCACUUACGGGUUAUUACUUGCCCGAGAGUGCUUGCAGACACAGUAGCACUGCAGCUGAGAAAUUUGCAGUGCUCCAUUUUGAGGUACACUGGAUGCCAUAAUCAAUAUGAUUUGAUACGAAGGAUUACUGAGAUUUCACUAAUGGAUGAGCACCAAGACAGUGCAGUGUUAUUUGCUGUCAGGGCUAAUCAAGUGGUGAGGAAGGGCUUGUCUAGGCUUUUACAAUUCCAACAAAAAACGAGACUCAAAGUUUCAUUGAUGGUUGUGGCAAAAUAAUACUACAU